GUCAUGAUCUUCUUCUCGGUGGCUUUGACCACACUGCUCGUAGGUUUAUCUAAUGGAUGUUUCUGCCCGCCCGUAAUCAGUCCAUCUUGUGGAUGUGGUGGAGGUGGUUAUAGUUCCUACUCUGGCGGUGGAUAUGGUGGUGGAUACGGAGGUGGUGCAAUCAAUGGAUAUGCUACUUUCUACAGAGAUCUGACUCCGUUCAGACAACCGUAUUAUCAAACUGCUUCUUAUCCACAGUACCAACAAGGACCAGCUCAAUCUCUUCAACAAAUGUAUCAACUUCCAAAUCCUCGCUACAUUCAACCACAAGCUCCUCGCCCACAAUACAUAUCACGUCCUGCUCCUCGUCCAGCUCCUGCUCCAUAUCAACCACCACGUGUUCAAGAAAGACCGUAUGUUCAGCCUGCUGCUCCAGUAGCUGAACUUGCUGAAACUCGAAAAAAUACUCUUCAUGAUAACGGAUAUGGAGAAGAAAUUGAAAGAACAACUUACACUCCAGUGGUUACUGCUGCUCCAGUAUAUGAGACUGAUGCACCAACUAUUGUCACUCAAGCUCCAGCAGUGGAAGAAGUACCAGAUUUCGAUGAAACUCCGGUGAAAAAGGGAGAGAAAGAUGAAUUUUACUAUGCAUAUUAUGACGACAAGGGUAAUAAAGUUGGAGAUUCAAGAUCAGGAACAACUUUUGCACCAGAAAAUGUAAUUGUUGAAGAGGAGGCUACUGUUGCUCCAGCUCCAGCAUCUAUUCAUAUGGAUGUUACGACCGAAAGAGUUGAAGUAGCGAAUGAAAACUACGAUGAUGUUGUUGAAGAAACCCAGGUUCCAGUCAGAACAUCUCUUUCUCCUAGUUAUACUCCAGAAGUUGUGACUAGUUCAACUGUCCUCUUCAUGGAACCACGAGUAGAAGCAAAAACUGUGGCUCCAGCUGCACACGAGAACACAGAAGUGGUUUACGAAGACGAGACUGUUGAAUAUGAAGAUGAUGGGCACUCAGAAACUUCUGAAUUACCAUCAACAAAGAAACCACAGUCGGCAGAAUUCAAGCGAACAGUUCAAGACAAUCAAAUUCUUGUUGAUGCAGCUGAAAAUACGGGAGAAGGAUAUCGUCGACGUAAUGCUGUCAACGGAGUUCGAAUUGUGAAACGGUUUCGACAUGACGAGAGAAAAAUUCAUUCUAACUAACUUGUUUAGUAAUAAGGAAAAGGCACUUAUUUGAUCUCAGACUUUUUUGAAUUUGGAACACCCAAAUUUUUGUAUCGAAAAACAUGGUUCUUAGAAUAAUUUUAUUGCUUGAUAUUAAUUGAGAUUCAAUUUUAAUUGAGAUUCUGAUAUUAAUUGAGAUUCAAUCUGCGUCCUUUUUCUUGCUUAUUAUCAUUAAAUUCCUACUCAAUUUCACUUCAGGUUCAUUGUCAUAUUUGUCAAUUUUUGAGAUCUUUUUUUCAUGAUUCAUCUAAUAAAGUAAAUCAGUCUUAU